CUGGAAGCUCAUUCCACUGCUUUAUGUAUUAUGACAACGUUUAUUCUCAUAUUUCUGAGUAUCCUGCUCUCCUUCACAUCCAUACAAGCUGAGCUAGCUUCAUACUGUCCUAAGGCACAAGUUCACGGUAAGCCAGUGGAAGAUAACUGUGAGAAAGCAUCUGAUCCUAACAAGCUCAAGAAGUCUGCUAUUGAGAAAUGGUUUACAAAGGAGAUGUUCAAGGAUCUUUUUCCAAAAUCAAAUAUUGGUUUGGGACCUCAUGAAUGUCUUCCCUAUUCGUAUGAGUCUUUUGUCAUAGCUGCUCGAUAUUUUCCAGAGUUUGGAAAUGAACAUCCCUCUAAGAAUUUCAAACCAGAAGAACAUCAUCGCAGAGAUUUAGCUGCCUUCUUUGCUCACGUUUUGCAAGAGACAGGAGAGAACAACUUGGGAAUCUACUACAACACUACCUUAACUGAUGCAGAGAAAGCCGAAUGUUUUUAUCGAGGAGGGUUCUAUAACUGGUUUGAACGAGGACCAACUUCUGACUUUCUUCAUCCUUCAUUUCCUGGUUAUUCUGUGAAAGAUGGCAAACGUUGUGUGGAAGAAGCGAGAUACUGCAAAGAAGAUCCUUUACUUCAAUAUUGGUAUCCAUGUAACCAACAGACUGAGUCACAUUCAAACCAGACUUUCUAUAAAGGAUGCUAUUUCGGUAGAGGACCUUUACAGCUUUCUUGGAAUUACAACUAUGGUUUGUUUCAACAGUUUCUCUUAACCAAGAAUAUUGAAGUAGAUCUGUUGAACAAUCCAAACUUGGUUCUCACUAAAAUGGACCCUCCACUUGCUAUGAUAGCUUCACUUUGGUUUUACAUGACACCUCAACCACCUAAACCCUCUAUGCACAGCAUUGUCAUAGGUGACUGGAGACAAUCAGCUAAGAAUCGUCGAGCAGGUUUUUCUGGUCCAGUCUUUGGUCCAACGAGCUUGGUUAUUAAUAAUGAGUGCGGAGGAGAAGACUCGGAUGAACCUGGCGGACCAGGAGAAUCACGAAGAAUCAAAGCUUUCAAAUGGUUUUGUAAAUAUUUCAAAGUUCCGCACGGUCCGGAACGAAGCUUAAGUUGUCGAGGAAUGCUGGAUAACUUCGACGCCGUUCAACACGGAUACUCGUGGCAUCCUGAUUGGGGUAACAUGUGGAAAUCUCAAGUGUGCGACUGUGCUCCAGCUCCAUAUGGAGGCCCGUUGCCUUACUAUGCACCUAAGGUUUAUCCAAAUCGUUACACAAAGGAAAAUGAUAGAAACAGACUACGAUGUGUGUUCAGCCUUUACGAUGAUCCAGAUAUGUUCCGUCUGACAACAGACAAUUCACCUUGCCUCAAACACAAGCCAAGAAUAAAAUUAACAAAGACAGGGCUCAAAGUAUAA